AUGGUUUUAGGAGAAACAUUCCAUAUUAGGGCCUUGUUGGCCGACACUGGUGUCUUUAAAGAUGAUACACCACCACAACCACCGCCACCACGCCAAUUAAUUUCAAAUGCAGUGAAUUACUUAAACAAGAACAGUCAAAUAACUUAUAGUGAAGCGAUCGUAUUGGCAAUUCGUAGCAGCGUUGAUAACCGUCUACCUUUACAGAAAAUUUACAGUUGGAUUGAGAAGGAAUUUCCAGAAUUCCGCCACAGGAACGAAAAUUGGCGUGACAACAUUCGUCACACCUUAAGCAUAAACAAAAUAUUUACGCUCGUACCCCGACCUGCUGACGAUCCGGGCCGCGGCAAGUAUUGGACGAUUGACACCACGCAAGAAAAGAAAGCUAAAAGAAAUCGGCGCCAAAACCAAGUGCCGAAAACAUCAACCCCAGCAACAACGAUCAGAAACACGACACCGGCAAUAGCUUUAAGUCCUUGGCAGCCAGGAUUUAAUAUGUAUUUUCCAUUAACUGUAAAUCCAUUCAUUUUUCCGUUUGAUUUAAUGCCAGUGUGUCCGCCGCCGUAUCUGUUUUACAACUUACCAGAAACAAUUCGUUCACCUUAA